AUGUCAAAACCAAUCUCCAUUCCUCCGCGACCUCGUGUUCAGGACCUUUUACCGAAACUUCAUAUUGGCCGUUAUCGCACUGGCCCAUUAAAUUCUCUCACCGAUGUCCCUGGUGUGCUGGUCCACACCCAAUCGAUCAAUCGUCCCUCGACCGAGAAUACUCACGCAGUCAACACGGGCGUGACCACCAUUCUACCACGUCGGGAUUGGUUCAGCCACGGCUGUUAUGCGGGCUAUUUCCGGUUCAAUGGCUCUGGCGAAAUGACGGGCUCGCACUGGCUCGAUGAAACCGGUCUACUCAAUUCACCCAUUAUACUUACCAACUCGUUCUCCGUUGGUCCGUGCUAUAGCGGUAUCUACGAAUAUGCGAUUCGGGAGUAUCGAAAUAAAGACACCGGUCUCGUGGAUUGGUUUCUCCUUCCGGUUGUGGCGGAGACGUGCGAUUUGUUCUUAAAUGACAUCGGCGCCAUGGUGGUCACCCCUGAUAUGGUAGUACGAGGAAUCGACGAGGCUAGUGCGGACCCUGUGAAGGAAGGCAAUACGGGAGGGGGAACAGGUAUGAUGUGUCAUGGCUUCAAAGGGGGCACUGGUAGUUCCAGUCGCGUCAUUGAUGCUGUUUCUUUCGGCGUUGGAGUCAAGUAUACCGUCGCAGCUUUGGUUCAGGCAAACUAUGGGGCUAAAAGAGACCUUCGUUUCGGAGGGUUUCCCGUUGGGCGUCUAAUGGAGGAGCAGGAAAAAGGGCCAGAAUCGGAAGAAGCAGACGCAGCAAAGGCUAAAGAUGGCAGUAUCAUCGUCGUGAUUGCCACGGAUGCCCCUCUUCACCCGAAGCAGCUCCAACGCCUGGCUAAAAGAGCUACGGUUGGGCUAUCACGCGUUGGUGGAUGGGGUUCCAACAGUUCAGGCGAUAUAUUCAUCGCUUUUAGCACCGCCGAGAAAAUUCCACGAGCUCCAGAUUUUAACUGGAAGCCGACAGUUGAGCAAAAAGUGGGAGUAGUUCAGGAUGUCACGAUCAAUGCCAUAUUUGAAUGUGCAGCUGAUGCUACUGAAGAGGCGAUUUAUAAUGCUCUACUGGGUGCGGAAGACAUGGAGGGACCUCAGGGACUAAAAGUCAAGGCACUGGAUCAUUCCAAACUAGUGACCAUGCUAGAGAGGUUUUUGUGA